AUGUCCACAGACGAUGCAUGCCGCGUGCAUGACCAAUCUUUGGACAGCCCUGAACCUGCGGGCGAAGUAUCGGAGGGUUUGCCACUUGGAACCACCAGAUCCAUGGAAUCGGCGCAAGACAUGAAGUUGGAUUGCGUCGCGGCCUGGUUCAAUUUCUUGCCCGCCGUGGUUAUCAUCCUGAACGUUUUGGCCAUAGGAAUCAGCCUCGAUUUUCACCGUGGGCACAUUGUUUGGCAGAUUUUGGAAUACUUGUUCGUAGUGUUCUAUUCGCUGGAGUUUGUCGUCAAGGUCCGAACUUAUGGAUGCCAUUGGUAUUGGUGUGGGCCAGAGCGUAUGUGGAACUAUUUCGAUUGGCUUUGCUUGGCGAUGAUGUAUGUGGAUUUGAUUCUCACCACGGUGCUUGCAUUGGAAGGGCGCGUCGGCGCAGACGCACCGGAGGCUUUUUCCAAUUUGGCCCUGGUGAAGAUAUUUCGUUUGGCACGCCUCGCACGGUUGAUUCGGGCGUUGCGAUUCAGGGCAUUCAAAGAAUUGAAGUUGAUUGUGCUGGGCGUAUUUUCUGGUCUACGCGUGAUCGGUUGGGCGAUCGUGUUGCUCAUCGCCGUGAUUUAUGCCAUCGGGGUUGUGCUGCGCAGCUGGAUUGCAAGAAGCAAGAUCCGCCAUAUCGCAGCUUUCUUGGUGAUGAUCCCGAGCAACAGGCUGUCGGAUGUCGCCUUCGUGUGUAAGACCUUGCCACAAGAGUCCUCUGCAGGAGUUCAGAUUGGGUACAUAUUCAUCAUCAUGCUGAUUACCGUGGGGGUCUUCAACUUGAUUAUGGCCGUCUUUAUUGAGAACGUCAUGAGCUCGCAGUUCACUCGGAAACAGAACGAGAUCUCCGAAACGGCUCUUCAGAUGGAGCUGAACAUCAAGGACCGCAUCAUUCGCAAGCUUGGCUUGAAGAGGCACAGUCACCAUGAAUCCGAUGAUUUGAAGACGCGAUCAGAAGGGAUGGACUGGGUAUUGCAGGCUGGAGGCCGGAACAUCUCGCGGGAGGAGUUUGCCUCCUGGUUCGAGGACGUCGACUUCGUUCGCGUGCUGGAUGAGGCGAGCAUUGACGCGUCUGGCAGGGUUGGUCUCUUUGAUGUGCUGGACGCCGAUGCAGGUGGAGAGUUAAGCGUGGACGAGCUCGUCACCGGUCUGAUGAGUCUGCGUGGGCCUGUUACAAAGGGAGAUGUUAUCGGUAUUCACCUGAAAGUCCGCUAUUUGGUGAGUCUGAUUGAAUGUACUCAGACGCAAGCUGGUCACAUCAAGAAGACGGAUCGUGCCGCGGGCUGA